CUCUUCCUCCUCUUCUUUCUCGUUCACACGGAACAUCGAAAACAACGGGAAAACGUCAAAUACAAAAGACAGUAAAAUUAGAAAAAGAAAACUUGACCUAACCAAGGAAUUAUCACACGCCGACAGUGAACAGAUGAAAUACAUUCAACGAUCCUUGGCUAAGCUUUUGUCGACCGCAAAGGAACGCGGACACUUUACAGAUGAUGCAAGAGCGGAUAACAACAAAGCUGCCCGUCUGGUGUCGCAAAGAUUUUACACAGAAUCGUUUCGUCAGCAGGUAGAGAAUCUGUAUGGCUGCAACAAGUCUGAGAGGGCAGUAAUAUCUGCCACUAGAAAUGAGAGAUACGUGUUCCCUGAGAGAUGCAGUUUCUACUGUUACGAUGUCCGGCAGAUUGCCAAUAAAAUGGAGAUGACAAACCAGUUUGAUUUCAUCCUGCUCGAUCCGCCUUGGUGGAACAAAUCCAUACGUCGUAAAAAGAACAAAUGCGCAGGGGCCAGUUACACAAUGAUGUACAAUGAAGAACUGGCGAAAAUACCAAUCGCCAAAUUGCUCAGUUCCAAUGGAAUCGUUGCAGUCUGGUGCACAAAUGCUCCAAGCCACCUGCGCAGCAUUUCGGACGAAAUGUUUCCAGCUUGGGGCGUGAGUUAUCGGGCAAAGUGGUACUGGGUCAAGGUCACUAGCUCUGGGGAAACCGUCUGCGACUUCAAUCCGCCCCCUGGUAAACAGCCCUACGAAUUACUACUGCUAGGAUCGGUGUCUUCCAAUACAUCCAUCGAUAUACCCAAUGGAAAAUUGCUGGUCAGCGUACCUAGCGCCGUUCACUCUCAUAAACCACCUUUAACAGAGCUGAUAAAAUCGUAUCUUCCGAGGGAUCCUAACUGUUUGGAAAUAUUUGCAAGAUACUUGCUGCCAGGCUGGACUAGCUGGGGAUUGGAAGUUUUAAAAUUUCAACACCUCUCGCUAUACUCGAUUGUUCAUCAAACGACAAGCGAAGUGGAAACGAACUCAAAUACUUGAAUCGACAGUGCCAUUAAUUAUAAGUCAAU